AUGUCUCUUCCUACGAUUGAAGAGCUGGAGGACCUGACCUCGCAGUGCCUGGCGAGGACCUUCUCGGACCAGCAGGUGCAGGCCAUCAUCAGCCACUCGCGCCAGCUGGCAUCGUUCGGGAAGAAGAGCAAGAAGGACAAGAAGAAGAGCAAGAAGGACAAGAAGAAGGACAAGAAGCAUAAGAAGAAGGACAAGAAGGACAAGAAGAAGUACAAGGAGGGCUACAAGGAGCAGCCCUGGAGGCCUGCCGAGUGGAGCCUCAGCAAGGAGGCCAGCGCCGAAGGCAAGGAGUACGACUUCGACGAGGACGAGACCCGCUACGUGCGCACCAGGCUCCAGGAAGUCAGAGAGAAACUGCUGCACAGGCGCGAGGCCAGCGUCAGCAACUUCGCCCCGUGCAUGCUGCUCUACACCGAAGGCAGCGAGCCCGACGUCAAGGAGACCAAGCUUGACGCCCAGUGCACCCUGCUGAGGAAGGCCAGCACCCACGCCCUCAAGAGCGAGCAGUGCUGGUCGCAGUACCUGGCCAAGAUGGACGAGUGCCUCCACCACCGCACCGGCGAGUACUGCCUCCGCGCCUUCCGCCCUCUCGAGAGGCAGUGCGCUCAGUCUGGCUGGAGGAGCGUCAACGACCUGAGGAAGCUCACCAGGCUGCGCUCCAAGGAGGAGGUCGACCUGCAGUAG